GUCGGUAGGGAACAUUAGGAAUGGGUCUGAGAUCGAAGUAGAGAGUGAGGGAAUUAGUUCAGGAUCUUAACUGUUCUCCCCAUCCUACUUGUAGUAAGUCACGAAAGAUGUCUUUAGAAGAGACACUGAGUAUUGGAAGUGGAGAGGGGGAGCAGGAGUUGAGCUCAACCAGCGGAAGUGAAGUGGAAAGCUCUAGGAAUGGAGUGGAAAGCUCUAGGAGUGGAGGGAAUGAGGGGGUUGGAGGUGAAAUGGAGGAGGUGGGGGUUCCUUCCAAUGUGUUAAAGGCAGAUCACAGUAAGGCUAAGUACUACAAUGAGGAAGAGGAGGUGGUUUCGGAGGUGGUGAGAUAUGAGGGUUUGUGGAGGAGUAGAAGUGAUAUUGGCCAUUUAGUGGAGCAUUAUUCCAUCCCAGGGCAUGUCUUACUUAGCCCAACUGGGGAGAUGGAACGAGCAUGCUCGGCUUCAAAGGACCAUUGGAUGCUAGUAUACAGGCACUACUUGACGGGUGGGCUUAGGUUUUUAGUGCCCAAGCUGUUAGUAGCGUUGCUGGUGGAGUACAGGCUAAGAAUGACGCAGCUCAUCCCAAACGAUGAGGUGGAGAGGUUGGAGAGAAGAGGUGGGGAGGUAAUGGAUAUUAUGUAUCUAACUAGCCCGGCGAUGUUAGAGGCGAUAAAGAUCUAUAGGCUGAGCUCCAUGAGUGGAGCUUAUGUUUGGAGGGAAGACCUUACCUUGCUUGAGAAGAGGUCAAAGGCUUCAGUUGCUCCGUCUGUGAGGGAGAGGGUAGUGGGUGGGACUUUGAGGUCCCGCCCAAGUAGAGGGGCUCAAGCUGAAGUGGCGCCCAACUCGAAGCAAGGGAGAAAGAAGGCUGAGGAGGUUGCAACCCACAAGAGGAGGAGGGUGGAGGAGGUGCAACAGCCUCAGCCCGAUGCCUUGAUUAAGAAGAGGAAGAAGUCCCUUAUCCCGAGGCAAAAGUUGAGCUUUUAUGAAAGUACAAGCAAGACUGUUGCUAAGCGCUUCAUUAGAUCCACUUUUCCUGAGGUGGAUCUCCAAAGAGCCCGGCAUGAGGUCGAAGAGCAUGGGGGGUCGAGCGUUAUACGCCAUGCGCUUGAGACGGUGAAUGUCAUAAACGCCUUGGCAGUUAAGUACUACGAUUGCCUCAAGGAAAUGAACAACCUAGUUGAGAAGAAUGAGGAGCUCAACCAGCAAAAGCAAUCGGCUGAGCAAAACUUCAAUGACCUAACCUCGGAGCUCAAGAAGGUUAGGGCGGAGUUGGCUUCUGCCCAGGUGGCCACCGAGGUUGAGGUGGAGAAGAGGAGGAAGACCAAGGAGGAGCUAGCCAAGGCGCGAGAAGAGUUUGCCGAGGUAGAUUGUGGACCUCUUCCGCAUGCCUACACUUGUGAUGGUGUUCAACGAUUGCCGGAAAAAGGUGAAGGCUCGAAUCCUAAGGUCGACAUGACAAAAUCACCUUCGGACCUCAAGAGGUUGGGUGGAGAAGGAUGGGGAAAGCAAAACAGUCGAGUUCUACCAAAUGUAACUUUCAAUUGGGAGCAGGAUGAGGCUGGACAAACUGUGCUUCCCCCACGUUUGGAAUACGAAUUCAUUGCCGUGACGAAGAUUAGGUUGAGGCUCCUACAAAUACCAAGGUCGGAGAGAAUGCUGCUGAGCAAGAGGUGGAUCAAUAGCAUCUGGUGAUCGAUUGAUUUCAGCCAACUUUUCUUUUUUUUAAAAAAAAUUUUGAUGUAAUUCAAAGAUAUUAUAUUUUUAUUAUAGAAUGAAUAAAAUUUUAAUUUCAAA